GUCAAAUGUGUCAAAAGGGCUGAUGGCUUUUCCUUCUUUAUGAAAAAUCAUAUUUAUUUUUCAUUUUUUAUUUAUACAGUACUUGUAUUUUUUCAAUUAAGAAAGUAAUGGUAAAAUCGUUGCUUAGAAUCUUGAAGAACAAUAAUUUAUACAAUAAGACUUGUCUCUUGAAUUAUGCCUUAAAAACGAAGCAAAUACAAAAUUUUAAUACAUCAUAUAAAAUGUUCAAAUCUUCAGUUUCUAACCUAUACGAAGCAUCGAAAGAUCAAGUUCAGGAAUUUUUAAAUUCCUUUGAUACUGUUUUGACUGAUUGUGAUGGUGUUCUUUGGAUUGACACUACAGCUAUACCAGGAUCAGCAGACACUAUAAAUUAUUUUCGUAAACAGGGGAAACGGAUAUUUUAUGUCACCAAUAAUUCAACAAAAAUUCGUAGUGACUUUGCUGCUAAGGCACAACAGCUGGGGUUUAUUGCAUCCCAGGAUGAAAUUCUGUCAACUGCAUACUUAGUAGCACAUUACCUUAAAGGCAUUGGGUUUACUAAGAAAGUUUAUUUGUUGGGUUCCAAUGGCAUUGGGGAGGAACUCAAAGCAGUUGGCAUACGAUAUAUUGGUGUUGGACCUGACCAUGUGCAACCAGAUUUCAAAUCAAUGAAGCCAUCAGAACUUGAUCCUGAAGUAGGAGCAGUAGUUGUGGGCUUUGAUGAACAUAUCAGCUAUCCAAAAUUAAUGAAGGCUGCUUCUUACUUGUCUUCUGAAGAAUGUCUCUUCAUAGCUACCAAUACAGAUGAAAGGUUUCCUAAAUCAAAUUCAAUAGUUGUGCCCGGUACGGGCACGUUGGUAAGAGCCGUGGAAACAUGUUCCGAAAGGAAGGCACUAGUACUUGGAAAGCCGCAUGCUUAUGUCAGGAAAUUUCUCGAGUCUUCUGGUCUUGAUCCAGGAAGAACUUUAAUGAUCGGUGAUAGGUGCAGUACAGAUAUUGAGUUUGGGUCACGCUGUGGUUUUCAGACACUUCUAGUUCUAUCUGGUGUGACAUCUACCAAGGAUUUGGAGAGAAUUCGCAGCGAAAAAAAGCCACCACUGCCUGAUGUUGUCUUGCCGAAAUUAGGAGAUUUGCUAUCUCUAAUACCGUCAUAGUGCAAUUAUUUCAUUUAAUGUUUGUACAUGUAUAUUUGUUAUAUAUUUAUUGUAUGAAAUACGCAUUAUAGUACAAACAUAUAUCAACAAUACAAUUGUGAUAAGAUAAGAGUACAGUGUAGUAUAUUUCGCUUAUUGAAUAAUAUUUAUUUAAAACAAAUAUGUUUUAUUUGGAUUAGGGAUUUGAUAAUGCGAGAAUUGCAAUGGUAUAAUUUGUAAGUAGACAAAAUAAUAAUUAAUAAAUGUAUGUCCGUUGA